GGUCAUCCCCACUGGUGAAGCAACAGUGUCUUCCUGAGAGCUGAGGAGAGCAAAGCCACUGCAGAGGACAAAAAGGAUUCAUGCCUUGGCAUCCAAACUCAGGCCAUGGAAAUAACAUUGAAGAGUUUCCCUCUGAAGGUGGUGAAUAUCCCUUGGAGGAAUAAUAACCUUACUACUCUGCAUACAGACCCCCCUCUGUCCGAACAAGGAGAGACUAUCAUUGGAGUCUACCUGUUAGUGUUGGGAUGGCUGUCCUGGUUUGGAAACAGUCUAGUGAUGUUUGUACUGUACAGACAGCGGGCCUCACUUCAGCCAACAGAUUUCCUCACCUUAAAUCUUGCCAUAUCUGAUGCUAGUAUCUCAGUAUUUGGCUACUCCAGAGGGAUCUUAGAAAUAUUCAACAUAUUCAAGGAUAAUGGAUAUUUGAUCACCUGGAUCUGGACCUGCCAGGUAGAUGGCUUCUUCACGCUGCUGUUCGGCCUGGCAAGCAUCAACACGUUGACCGUUAUCAGUGUCACCAGAUAUAUAAAGGGAUGCCACCCAAAUAAAGCUUACUGUAUCAGCAUUGACACCAUUGCUGUUUCACUCAUCUGCAUUUGGACUGGAGCAAUGUUUUGGUCUGUGGCUCCACUGCUGGGCUGGGGCAGCUACACAGAUCGAGGUUAUGGCACCUGUGAGGUGGACUGGUCCAAAGCCAAUUACUCCACCAUCCACAAGUCCUACAUCAUCUCCAUCCUCAUCUCUUGCUUUUUCAUCCCUGUGAUGAUUAUGCUUUUCUCCUACGUCUCUAUUAUCAACACAGUGAAAAGCACCAAUGCCAUGUCAGCGGAUGGUUUACUCACCACCCGCCAAAGGAAGGUGGAGAGAGAUGUCACAAGGAUUUCCAUUGUAAUCUGCACGGCUUUCAUCAUGGCCUGGUCGCCAUAUGCAGUGGUGUCUAUGUGGUCCGCCUGGGGCUUCCAUGUACCAAGCACAACCAGCAUCAUGACCCGUCUCUUUGCCAAGUCAGCCAGCUUCUACAACCCGCUCAUCUACUUUGGCAUGAGCUCCAAAUUCCGAAAGGACAUCGCCGUGCUGCUACCGUGCACACGAGAAGGCAGGGAGGUCGUCCAUUUGCAAAACAUCAAACCCAAGGCAGAGGCCAUGCCCCCACUGGCAGCACUUCUUGUCCAGAAGCGGGAGGUGAACUACAAAGCCGGAGAUUUGAACCAAUACAAUCCUGACAGCGACUCUGGGGUCAACAGCCCUCCUCAGACUCCUCCGUCUGACCCACAGGAGGUCUUCCCCAUUAACUUGCCCUCACACAUUGAAACAUCAGAAUACUGGUGUGACAGGCUCUGAAGACAUGUGACUUAAACCACGACUUGAAUUAUUAGGGGAAAUAGAGAGUAUUUUUGUAUAUUUUGGUCUUGCCCAUGUUAAUAAACUGAAUCGAUUAACAAUACUAAUAAAGUUAUG